AUGCAAGUUGUAUCAGACCGUUACACGGCUAUCGGCGGCUUCCUAAUAAAGACAACCAAGGAUGGCAGCAAGCGAAUUGUUAACCCAAACCCAAAUACCCUUAAGUUAAGGAAGAGCGAAGCGCAGCGCAUUUUGGAGCUGAAGCUGCGGGAUUUGUCGAUGUAUGAAAGGUGGAAAGAAGACCUCAUUUUUUUGGACUGCCCAUUACUUUUUGAAGCAGUGACAAAUCAAAAGAAGUACUUUUAUCACACCAUAAAUGGCAUGAGGGCAGUGAAGGCCCACAUGACAUGUAGAGCGGAUAUGAAACGAGCUAUCGCAUACCGCGUUCUCCCGAUAGUCCUCCCCAACAGGAGCAGGAAGUACCUCUACCAGACUAGCAACAAGCUCCGCGAGAGGCCAUGGCACGAGAACGAGAGUACGACUGCAUUUCAAAACAGGGAGAGCUCGUGCGUAUUUCGCACGCUUGGUUGCGACCUGUUGGUGUUUACCGCCCACGACUACAGGGUUUUCAAGUCUUUUGCCAUGGGCAGGGCGCUGUACGAGAUAGACAGCACCGCAAUUCUGAGGCAUUGCCAUAAGAUGGCGAUUAAAAACACCACUAAGCGGGAUCUAGCCGAUAGCUUCAACCGCAAUAUCACCGGGGAGCCGCUGCUGUUAAAGCUGCACCAAGUGGAAUUUGCCCGGCGGAUUCAAACCUAA